AUGGCGCUGCGCGUAUGGAAACUUUCGCCAUGACCUGACAGCUUUACCAGAAUUAGCGGAGACAAGCGUCGUGAUGAAGGAUCGGCUAGCUGAAUUGGCCGCUAAUAGGACACCGAUAGACGAGGAUGUUGUCUCAGUGGAGAGAGAUGGCUUCAUGGAGAGCUUUUUCAGAAGGGUGGAGGAAGUUAGAGGGCUUAUUGAUAAAAUCUCCUAUCAAGUGGAUGAGGUGAGGAAGAUUCACAGCACUAUCCUUUCAGCACCCAAUCCUGAUGACAGAACAAAGGACCAGUUGGCUGCACUCACCAACGACAUUAAAGGCAAUGCCAAUGUUGUACGAACAAAACUAAAAACUAUGGAACAAAGUAUGCCCAAAGAUGAUGUGGUAAAUCGGUCCUCUGUUGAUUUCAGGAUCCAGAAGACACAGCACACAGUACUGUCUAGGAAGUUUGUGGAAGUCAUGACCCAGUACAAUGAGACACAAGUGUCCUUCAGAGAGAGAAGCAAAGGACGGAUACAGAGACAACUGGAGAUAACUGGGCGAGUGACCACGAAUGAAGAACUGGAGGACAUGUUAGAAAGUGGAAAUCCAACUAUCUUUACAUCUGAUAUCAUCAUGGAUUCACAAAUAACACAUGAGGCAUUAAAUGAAAUAGAAUCACGACAUCAGGACAUAAUACGGUUGGAGACAAGCAUAAGAGAGCUUCACACUAUGUUUAUGGAUAUGGCCAUGCUAGUAGAGACUCAAGGAGAUAUGGUGAACAAUAUUGAGAAGAAUGUUGCCAAUGCAGCUGAAUAUAUCUGUCGUGCAAAAGAGGAGACAAAGAAAGCAGUGAGAUACCAGAAGAGGUCCAGGAGGAAAAUGAUCAUCCUUGCUUUUGUCCUACUGAUCCUGAUUGCCAUUGUUGCUCUAAUUGUUGGUCUUUCUGUUGGACUAACCAAGCCCCCUCAAUAA